AGGGGGAUAAAUCUGCUCAUCAGACAUCCUAACAGGAAGGUUAGGGUAGUGUGGGGUUAAGGCCGUCUUCUACAAUGCCGGUAGAAGCCAUGACUACUCUCUCCUCGACCCACUAAAACACAUUCCUAUGGUCGCCAAACCCUACGUCUCUCCGGAACCACCAAGAAGGUAUUGCUUCAGAGAGGGGCUAGUGCAUAUCGCACCCUCAAGGUUAGCUGCCGUAGCCUAGCAGCAACGAACAUCGAUGACUCGCUCUGGAGAGUCCAUCACGGUAGCGUGCUGGCGCUUAGCCAGUUUCCCGAGUGGUCCUCGCCACUCCUUUUGUCCUCGGAAGGCGGGCAGGGUCAACCCCGCCCGCGCCCUACUGCUGAGCGGACAUCAAGAACUGAUGCCCACAUGCAACCCGAUCUGACCUGUCCGCAAAGGAAGGGUAUUUCUACCCUUCAGGCCCUAUCAGAUUCAUCCGUAGGUUGCAGACUGCAGGGUCUCACCUACCCCGACCCUUGCCGGGGACCCCUUUCCAACCGCGGGCUCAGAUCCAACCCAGUAGACUGACGCCACGACAGCACCGCUACCGGGACUUCCUCUCCGCGGCCACUUAAUCGCUGUAAGGGUCGAUCUCGACCGCAGGGCACCGGUAUGACCUACGAAGCCGACUCCGAACCCCUGGACCACCUCUUGUACUGCAUCUGGCCUAGCCAUUCUCCGAGUCCACGCGCCACCUCCUCUGUAGCUCCCAGACGAUAUGGGUGAUAGCCGUUGAAACGGCAUUCCAGCUAAUCUCAUCCCUACAAAUUCUCUGGACCAAGUUGUCCGGAGUUGUGUCCUCCCCGCAUGUGGCAAGCAUGCGGUCACGCAUUGUGCGAAAACGCGGGCACACGAACAAAACGUGUUCCGCCGUUUCCUCUAAACCAUUGCACACUGGGCAUUCGGGAGAAUCCGCAUGCCCGAAACGGUGUAGAUACUGUCGGAAGCAACCAUGACCUGUAAGGACCUGUGUCAGGUGGAAUGUAACUUCCCCAUGGCGCCCAUUAAUCCAACUAUCUACCCUCGGUAUCAACCUAUGGGUCCACCUUCCUUUGGUGGAACUGUCGCACGCGCGCUGCCAUUUGACCAUAGAGGCCAUCCUGACAGUCUUGCGUAUGCCUCUUGUGCCGCGCAUUUCGAAGCACUCCAUGUCCUCACUGAUAAGAAUGCUGAUAGGCACCAUACCAGUAAUGACACAGAGAGCGUCGUGUGACACGGUACGGUACGCGCUUGCAACCCUCAGACACAUAAGCCUGUAAGUACUUUCCAGCUUCCGUCGGUAGCAUUCAGUACUUAGCGCGGUACCCCACGCCGGGCCACCAUACCUAAGUAUGGACGUAGCAACACUAGCCAGAAGCUUGCGCUUACUGGCGUACACCGCUGGAUAUCAUCCGGGACAGUGCCGCAAUAGCUGUGGAGGCUCUUUUACAGGCAUAAUCGACGUGGCUACCGAAAGUAAGCUUAUCGUCGAUCAUCACGCCCAAGUGCUUGACAGAGCGCUUUGACAGGAUAGUGCACUCUCCUACACUGAUCUCCGUCUGCUGCGCCGACUGCAUGUUGUUAACAACCGUCACCUCUGUCUUGUGGUGAGCCAGCUCCAGUUUCCUGGACCGCAUCCACGCCUCCACAACCUUGAUCGAGUGGUUGGUAGUCAGCUUUACCUCCUCGAUCGUUUCACCGUAGACUUCGAGCGUAAUAUCGUCGGCAAAUCCGACAAUUACCACUCCCACUGGGUACUCUAACCUCAACACCUCGUCGUACAUGACAUUCCAUAACACCGGACCCAGGAUGGAACCUGUUACCUGAUAGUUUACUGUUUGAUGGAUUUGCAGUGAAUCAUAGUAGUCAUGAUUUUUGGCGCCAUGUGUAGCAAGGUUAGCAUUAGCCUUGGCAUUAGCAAGCAAGUCGCACAAAUUUAUAGGUGGUGCAUUCCCAGACCGCUGUUAAGAGAAUUGCCUCCUUCCCGUCCGUUACUGAAGGACAGAGAUUUGGGGCUAAUCACUGACUCUAAGGCCUGGAACACAUAGCAUCUUUCCGUAGAGGUUUGUGUUUUUUGACAGUUUUCCCAUGGGAAAUAUAUCAAACAACUGUUACGCACACGCGAGGGUAUGCAUUGGGGCACUUAAGACAAGAUUGUCGCAAUCCUCCAACGGCUGAGGGCUGUCCUGACCACGUCCUUGCGACAGCUGAGGUAUGGGCAUGGAAUAUUCGUUGGACACCUGAGAAAGGUAUGCUGAGACCUCUUCGUCCUCUCAGGCCUGGGUGUCACGAGAAUUUGGGUAUUGUUAGUGGAAGAGUAAGUCCAAAGUAUACGUUACGUUUGGUCAACUUUUAGGCACCACAACGAUGUACAGGAACAAACUCACCAAAUUAUACGAAUUCCAGUACACUCGUGACGAAAUUGUAGACUUUCAUUUGCGAGUCCCGGGCAUCCAGCAGCAAUAUCACCAAAAAUUCCGGCAAUCCGAUGAGAAUAAGACAAACCCUCAUACAAUCGCGAAUUAUCUGGAAAUCAAUUAACAAGCACUUUCCAAGGCAAAAUUUGCAACGCUAGCCGGUUCUCAAUUCGGUCGACAUAAUCAAAAGAAAGCGGAGCAGAGAAAACGCAUGACCGUUUCGAAAACGCAGCCGCUCGCGCGCACAGCCUGCUACGGUCCUUUGGCGCAAUGUGUAGCAAGGUGUAGCAGUGUUAAAUUCAAGAAAAAAAACCCGAUUUAAUCCACCUAUGGUGAACAGAACCCUUCUUACACUUAUUAAAACUAUUGUUGUAUUAUUUGUAUUACAUUAUUUAUUUUGUGUGAUGGACCAAAAGUUCUAGAAAAUAUUGUGGAUUUGGCAUCUAGUGGAAUGGUUUCCAAAAUAGCAUCAUGGACCAUGGACUAAACUACCAGAAAUGCCAGACACCUCCUAGAAACUUGUAUGGAAUGUUUAAAAAUAGCUUACAUAUUCUGGAAUAUUGUAUCUCUUGUUAACUGCCAAAAGAUCUUGAAUCGAUAAACAAAUGGGUAAGAAAAUCAACGAGAUACACUUUGUCUAAUAUCUCUUAGUCAGUCGAUUAAAUUAGCACCGAAGUACCUGGUAUUCAUGAUUAUGAUGUAGAAAGGACAAAAAUGACUACUAAGUUAAUCAGUUUUGGCAUUAGCUAGUUAUUUUGGCUGUCCGCCCAACUAACAAUCACUCAUUUUACAAGCACUUUUACGACGAAUUGAUUCAGCAUGAUGCUGAAUAACAUUUGGAUAAUUUUCAGGCACAACCUUUGCUCGGUUUUUAUUCACACAAAUUUGGAGAAACUAUAGAGCAUAGUGUUGUGUACCAACUGAACUAUUUGUUGUGAAAUCGUUUUACAACUAUAUAGUACAGCUGUUAUUCAGCUUUAGCAAAAAUGAUUAAAAAUAAAUAAAAUGCAAAAAUUUUCAUUUUCCACGAGAGUUUAUGAUUGGAACUUAAUGCUGUUAACAAAUAUUGUGAAAUAAUAACUACACAUAAAUUUACCUAAAUCCAGAUUCGAACUCGAGACCCGUCGAUUGCCAGCCGCAUGCCUUCCUAUCCGCGCCAUCCUAGAGAUGAUGAAUUGCAGCGCUCAAAUCAAAACAUAAACUUCCGUGGUUUAAUAAUGAUCAGACUUCGACUCCUGUUCAGCAGUGGUGAAUUAUCACAGACAUGAUGGUUAACGACUGAACAACAGAUUAAUUCAGCUGUUGUUCAGUAAAAAACACGUGUUAUUCAUCAUGUACUCUAAGUCGAAGUAUGAUGAAACAAAAGCGCUUGUUUGACUUGUGAAAAACACAUUAUACAGAUACAUGUGCUAAUUUUUACAUGAACUUAACAAGAAGCAGAAAAAAGUGUUGUUAAACUAUGUUGUAGAGGAAUUACUGCGAGUCGAAUAAAAAUCUUAUCAAACGCUUGAAAAGUGUUUUAAAUUAUCAUUGUUAAUACCAAUACGAAAUGUUGAACAUUGGCUACCUUUUCAAUUGAAAUAGCGUUUGUACAGUAAUGUGUACAGCAUAAUUUUAGUUCAGCUAUAAUUACUAUUAUAAAGCAACAAUUCAGCAUGCAUGCUUGUUUGCGGCUGGCGAUUGUUAGUUGGGCGGUUCUUGCAUUUUUCCCACAAUAUAUAAAUUCAAAGCUUUCAUUUAACAUAUUGUUAGUUUUCAUAGAAUUCCUGUGUAUUUGUAAUUUGUUAUUUAUAAAUUUGUUGAAAACAAUAACCUGCUAGUAUACACUUGGUAUGAGGUCAGCAUUAUUAAUUGAAAAAUAAUUUCCCAUAGACCGAUCAAAAACUCAUGCAAGAUAACAAACGAAUAUAAUAAUAGAAAAAGGAAUUUAUUGAAAUACUCUUCGAAAGAUAUCUCAGUAAUCAAAUGUCUAAUCGAAAUAAAAUUUCAGGGCCUUUUGCAAGGAUACUAUAGCUUUCAUUUGGUGCUUAGAGAACCCAAAUCGGUUGACAGACGGCUGAGAUAUUUAUUAUGGUACCCUUGGUCAAAAAUCUCUCAAAAAGUUAACCUGUAUUACUCCUAAGUACUCUUUGAAAGAUAUCUCGGUAACCAAAUGUCCAAUCCUAAUAAAAUUGUAUAGGGUUCUACUAGAAUGUUGUAGCUUUCAUUUGAUGCCAGUAGAACCGAAAUCGGUUGACAGACGGCUAAGAUAUUUAUUAUGAUACACUUGGUCAAAAAUGUCAAAAGGUUUAGUUGUAUAAAUCCUAAGUAUUCUUCGAGAGAUAUCUCUGUAACCGAAUGUCUAAUUGAAAUAAAAUUUCUGGGCGAUCUACUAGGAUGCUGUAGCUUUCAUUUGGUGCCAAGAGAACCCAAAUCGAUUGACAAACGGCCGAAAUAUUUAUGAUGAUACACUUGAUCAAAAAUCUUAAAAAGUUUAGAUGUAUGACUCAUAAGUACUCUUCGAGAGCUAUCUCGGUAACCAAACGUCCAAUCGAAAAAAAAUUCAAUAGCGUUCUACUAGGAUGUAGUAGCUUUCAUUUGCUUCCAAGAGAACUCAAAUCGGUUGACAGACGGCUGAGAAACGUGCGUGACAUUUUUUUGUAACGCACAUACACACACACACACACAUACACACAUACACACACACAUACAGACAUUUGCUCAGUUCGUCGAGCUGAGUUCAUUGGUAUGUGAGACUCGGCCCUCCGGGCCUCGGAUCGAAAGUCGGUUUUUCGAGCGAUAUUUAUACCCUUCUUAUGGGUGUAAGAAGGGUAAAAAGGCUUUUCCUACAUACUUUCCGUGAUAUUUUUGCUACUGUUUAUUAAGCUGAAAUAAUAAAAAGAGAUAGUAGCUUUUAUGUAUUUGAUGCAAUUGCAUUUUCAUGCAGAGCUCCUUGAGAAACCACAUUUGAUCAUAAAAAAAAGGCUUUUCCUACAUACAUUCCGUGAUAUUUUUGCUACUGUUUAUUAAGCUCAAAUAUUACAAAGAGAUAGUAGCUUUUAUGUAUUUGAUGCAAUUGCAUUUUCAUGUAUAACUAACUUGUGUAACCAAAUAUGAUCAUAAAAAAUCUGUUGACAAACGGCUGAGAAAUGUACUAUGAUACAUUUUAUCAAAAAUCUCUCAAAAGCGUAAAUUUCAUUACUCCUUAGUACUCGUGGAAAGAUAUCUCAGAAACAAAAUGUCCAAACGGCAUGAAAUUUAAUAGCAUACUACUUGGAUGCUGUAGCUUUCAUUUGAUGCUGAGAGAACUCAAAUCGAUUGACACACGGCUGAUUCAUUUAUUAUGAAGCAUUUUGUCAAAGACCUCUUAAAAAGUUAAGUUGUAUUACUCCAAAGUACUCCCCGAAAGAUAUCUCGGUUACAAAAUGUCCAAUCGGAAUGAAAUUCAAAAGCGUUCUUCUAGGGUGCAGUAGCUUUCGUUUCGAGCCUUAAGAACCCGAUUCGGUUGAUAGACGGCUGAGAAAUUUAUGGUGAUACACUUUGUCAAAAAUAUCUAAAAUAAUUAAGUUGUACUACUCCCUAGCACUCUUUGAAAGAUAUCUCGGUAACCGAACGUCCAAUCAAAAAAAAAAAAAUCAAUAGCGUUCUACUAGGAUGUAGUAGCUUUCGUUUGGGGCCUUAAGAACCUAAAUCGGUUGAUAGACGGCUGAGAAAUUUAUGGUGAUACACUUUGUCAAAAAUAUCUAAAAUAAUUAAGUUGUACUACUCCCUAGCACUCUUUGAAAGAUAUCUCGGUAACCGAACGUCCAAUCAAAAUAAAAUUCAAUAGCGUUCUACUAGGAUGUAGUAGCUUUCAUUUGCUUCCAAGAGAACUCAAAUCGGUCAACAGACGGCUGAGAACCGUGAGUGACAUUUUUUUGUAACAUACAUACACACACACACACACAUACACACACACGCACAUACAGACAUUUGCUCAAUUCGUCGAGCUGAGUUGAUUGGUAUAUGUGACUCGGCCCUGCGGGCCUCGGAUCGAAAGUCGGUUUUCCAAGCGGUAUUUAUACCCUUCUUAUGGGUGUAAGAAGGGUAAAAAGGGAUUUCGAAAAAAAUAGCACUGCAAUGUCACGACUGCUUAAAUUUGUGAAAGACUAGAAUUUAUCUUCUUCUUUAAACAUUGUAUUGAGGAGGCAGUUCCCAGCACUUCGAAGAUAAUCGUAGUUGGGAAAUCUAAACAGAUGGUGAAUCUACAACCGACCGGUAACCACCACACACGCAUGUCUCACACUCCACGUGUGUAUCGCUUCUACUAUCGCAUCGCUCGCUUGCACCUUCCCCAACAGAGUUUUAAUUUUAGCCUUCCCGGCCUAGUGCAGCAUAAAUUCUAAAAUUUCACAACCACCAUGCGCGCGCUUUUCCGUAUUAUUUCUAGGCUAAAUACCGCGCGAGCAAGCGGGCCGCAAUGUUUGCUUCAUUCUCAACAUAAACGGCACCGUUCGGUAGCACAUCUCAAACACCACUUGCUUGUGAAUGGACGACAUAUGUAGCAUAGGCGAGGAGGAAGUAAACGCGCGGAAAACGAUAAACAACUCCCAUCCCAACUCGAACCGUGUUGACUAGUAUGUCCCAGCACUGGCACAUAAGGCAAAUACUUUACGAUAGAGUAAACCCCAAACCCAGUAAAACCAUGAAAACGGGAGCUGAUGAGAUGUUCUUCGGAGCGAUUAAUGAUUUUCGUUCCGUUUCGUUGAUGUAGAAUGAAAUUUUGUGUAUUUUGUAGUUCUAUGUGUAAUUUUGAUUGUUCUAGUCAAUCACGGAGUAGCAACUAUUAUUUGUACGAUCAUCUAUGCUCAUCCUUAUGCUUAUUUUCACAAAAAUCAAUAAAGUUUGAGUCUCAACUUAUUCAAAUUCAACUUGUGUGAAUUUGUGCUCUAGAGUAUUUAUCCCACUUCACGCUGCUUUUGGAAUCUGCCUGCAGAACGAAGCAAACCAACGCGAGUUUUCCCCAUGAAUCAUCCCAAAUUGGCCAUGUCGAAUCUGUUUGCUUUCUUCUCGACUGAAUCGGUCCCGAGAUGUGGUGCAGUUAACCACAGUAAUACCUCCGCAGCUCAAGAUCCGAUAAACCUUGACACAGAAAUGCUAUUCUUAGGCGUACGAUGAACACCAACUCUCGGUGAAAGAAGAAUCCAUUCCGCGGGCGAGCGGAAAACACGCCUACCUUUAUAUGCCGGGCCCCGUUUGGGAUGGAAAACCACAUUGCAUCAUCGGCGCUGGAGCGAUGCCUCUGAAUCAUGUAGGAAAAUAGGAAAAAUACGCCGUAACCUUGGUGUGUCGUCGGACGGAGACCAUUCCAUCAUUCCGCACACACUUUCAGUCCCUUUACGACAUUUGGCGCGUCUGUCGUCACUGACGACGAACAAUAUCUUUCUGUAUGCAUUUUUCAUGGCACUGACUGGCACUAAAACGGAAGUCCCCAGAAAGUCACGUAUGUUCGAAAAACAUUGCAACAUUGCAUGACUGGGUGUAACAUGGUCUGCAUUGGCUAGCCAAGAAUGGCUGCAAAACAUUAUCCAAUUAACUGCCCUCGCAGACAGGAACAGGGUCGUGCAAUUUCGAAAGGAAAACAUGACGUACGACCGACGUAGCAAAUCGUUUCCCAUACGAACGGACUGCUGUGAUGCUUCAUCUCUCACCCAGCAAUACACUCGUUCGCUGCUGCAACAGAAACAAGUGUGUAUGAAACAUGGAAUGAUACACUUGGAUUUUCGUUUCAUUUAUGAGUCAUUGAAAUACUUCAACAUGAUAAAAACACUAUUUAAACCGCAUUUUUCAAUAGUGGUGCACGCCAAUAGAAUGAUAAUUAUGUUUUAUGAAAGAGGUUAACAAAUUCGACCACUUAAAUCCAAUUAAUCGGCGCCUGUAACCAUUGAGAGACUAGCGCGCACCAGUGAGACACUAAUGCUCUGACGUGUGAAGCACAAGCAAUGCGACCGGGUGGGAGACUACCGAGUACUACGAUGAGCGGAAAAGUUUUUAAAACGAACCGAGUGAUUAGAAAAAUGUAUGAAACGGUUGAAGUGACUCAUUCAAAUGCUGCAUGAAAGUGUAUCAUUGAAACGAAAUUGUACGCCCCUGGACAGGAAUGAAAAUGGUUUAUGCGGGUCUUCAGAAUAAAGGCUCUCACGUUGGAUGGUUGGGGAGAUAUCAACGGCAACGACCAUCUCGCAGAAUUGUAUAUAAUUGAAAAUUUAACUGGAAGAGGGACAAUGUGUUGCUGGUUUAUACUUUUUCAUGAAACUUAAUCGCAACGUAGCUGCUAGCCCUUCAGCUAACACUCCCGAACUACCCGUUCGUAAGAAAUAACACCGCAAGCAGAAUUACAACCGAUAAAUUGUGAUUUAAAUAUUAUGUUUUUCAUUGAAAAGUUGUUUGUUAAAACGUAUAGAAGACCUCUUGAAAGAUAAUCGACUCAACCAGUGCAUAAAAUGUUAUUACGACUUAUCUAAAUUUAACCUCCUUGUAGCUCAUGUUCGAAGCUGAACCUGAAAAUAUGGUAUAGGGCAGUGCAUGGAAUUAUCUCCUUCUCUUUCACUCUUACAGAAAUUUAGUAAACAACAAGGCCACGAAACGUCAAAAUCCCAUACAAAAUCAAAACAGUGCAGUGCCCUAUAUGAAAAACUUGUGCGGCUAGACCAGUUCUACAAAAAAACGUCAAGGAAAAACUGCUCUUUUUUUUAAUAAUCGAGGUGAAUGUCACGGACUACCUUCGAAAAAUGACAACGAUAUUCAUGGUGAAUAUCUAUUGGCAUUUUUCAAAGGUAGUCCGUGAUAUUUACUUUAAAUAUUCGAAAAAAGAGCGGGUUUUCUUUUACUUUCUCGUAGAACUGGUCCUGUUGCACAAGUUUUUCAUAUAUCAUAUUAUCACGUUCAGCUUCUAAAAUGAGCUGUAGGUGGUUGAAUUUAGAUAUGUCGAAAUGACAUUUUCAGCACUGGACUCAACCCAUGCGUUCCUGACGCAUUUUGCGCACUCAAAUUAUCAUGUCCAUUUUGGCUACUUUUUAUUGUUAAAUUUACAUUAACAAUUUUGAGAUCUAAUCAAAUGAAAUUACAAGAUAUUGCAUACAUUUAGGCGUUUACCGAUUUCCGUCCCAAUUUUCAAAAUUGAUUCCAAUUUGUAAAAACACGCUUUGUUAAGAGAUUCUAAACCAUAUUUAGAUUCUACAAUGAUCGAUCUUCCGAGAAUAAGACAUUGACUGAAAAAAUAGUCAAAACUUUGUUAUAUAGCAGAUUGUUUGAAGGCGGUCUCCUUUGGCCAACCGACGUGCCUCACUGGGUUCCGUAUAAAUCCGGAACCGGUCAUCCAACCAAGUGUAUUCUAUGAAACGGUAGUAAUUUCCGGUUGUUCUGUCAAAUGUUCAUGAAAAUCGAGUGAAAAUUUAAGAAAAUAGGGCUAAACAAAAUCAAAAUUCGAGUACGCAAAAUACAUCAGAACGCAAAGGUUGGCCCUGUAGAAGAUGGAAGCAUUAGAAGCCAAUGCAUGGUUGAGUCUAAUAUAACACCAUGGUACCUAAUUUACGUCCACCGUUUCUUUUUCUAAACAAUGGGGGGAUAAUCUGAUCAACGGAUACCCGGAUACCCGGACAGAAGGUCCAGGUAGUGUGGGGUUAAGGACCAUCUUCUACAAAAAAAUGUUAACUUUUUUUCUAAUCAUCCUAGAACUGUGUAGUGUCGGUAGCAAGUAUUACAACUGACUAAACUGUUGCGGGGGGUUGCGGUGAUUCAAUCACGAAACUAAUUUUUAGAGCGGACACUUUUCACGGUCGAUCAGCUUAAACUGAAGGUGAUUAUAUUUUAUUGAAUAUCCAUGAAAACUUAUAACUAAUUCCACUACGACUAUAACAACCCUUCCAGUGCGGUAUCUCUUCGCAAAACAACUGAAUCUCAUUAGUAUUUCUCGUUGUUUUGUCGUAUUCACUCUAUAGGGUUACCAGGUAUGUAACCGUCCCAACAUAAACAUAAGACAAAGGAUCGUCUGUUCUGUUUCGGUGGCAUAAGUCCACCCAGCCAACACGCGAUCGCAUAUGAUAUUGAUUAGGAUGCUAAAGUGGAGGCGAUAUGCGUACACUUUACACGCGGUUAAAUGGGAGCAUGUCAUGGCAUGCACUCUAAUGGCCUCCACUUGAGCAUCCUAUCCUACACCCUAUACGACUUCGUGUUUCAUAGCGCAAUGCGGCUAUACGGUAACCGUAUCUAGAAAUUGACGGCUAGGGAGAUAUAAGAUAAAUCGAACCGCAAAUGGAGUCUGAGGAGUAGCGUGGCUCAAAAUACUUCCUUGAUAACACUAGUUUAUAAAGUAAAAGAAAGUCGUGAACUUCUAUCAACAACCAAAAUUUUUGAAGCACAAUUUAGCGCUGAUUUCGAAACCGUGCUUCAAAAAAAUUUAAGUAGAACAGUUUUUGAGUUUUAGCUCAAUAUCAAGUUUUACAACUUUUAAAAAUAUGGAAUUUACUGAAAUUCAAAUAUCUUGCGUUUUGUUCAAUGAAUUUUCAAUCUUUUUUCCAUAAAUUAAAAGCUGAAUAUAUGUAAUACCAUGGGGUCUCCAGUUAGUCUAGUGGUUAAGGCUAUGGAUCGCCAAUCCGGAGACGGUGGGUUCGAUUCCCGUCCCGGUCGGGAAAAAUUUCUCGACUCCCUGGGCAUAGUGUAUCAUUGUACUUGCCUCACAAUAUACAAUUUCGUGCAAUGGCAGGCAAAGAAAGCUCUUCAAAUAAUAACUGUGGAAGUGCUCAAAGAACACCAAGUUGAAGCGAGGCAGGCCAAGUCCCAGUGGGGACGUAGAGCUAUAAAGAAGAAGAAGAUGUAAUACCAUGCGAUCAUAUGAAUGCAUGUUUGCAUCCGAUUGUUGAAAUUUAAGAUAUUGGCAAGUUUUAGGGACGAUAUCCUUAAAUUUUAGCCAAAUCUCCAAAAAUAUAUGAGGAAAUGUAUUUUUUUUUCAAUAAGGAAAAAACAAUAAAAAAAAUUUUUAAAGUUUUUUUUUUUUUUGGAUGUCAUAUGUAGGCGAGUUACAGUAAAAAAUCAGCUCAAUCGGAGCAUUGAUUACGGAGAAUGAGGUGUGUGAAGUGAGCGACUUUGCUUAAAAAUAGAAGAAAAAACGAUUUCAAAUCAUCAAUCUUGUAUGGAAAGUCGAAAAAUUUUCCGUUCUACUGUAUUUUUUUCCUUCGCGGUUUCGAACUCAGGGCAUGAUUCUAAACCAAAAAUGAUCAUCAGCCGAGUUCAAAAAUGCUGUAAACUAGUGUAAUUGAUACUUGAUAGACUGAAACUCGUAGCGGUGAGUCUACACCAAAUAAAGCAAUCAUUUCUACUGGGCUCGGUCCCUGACCAAUUCAGGCCAAACAUUUCAAUGGGUCCUAUCUGCAUUUGAGAGGCUCUCUUUGUUCACUUUCUCUUUCAAUGAUUGCAAUGUAAUGGUAAACUUUUCAACUACUUUUGAAGUACAAAUCAAAAGACGAUUAUUUUGACCAUCGCUCCAUGCAAGGAGACAAUCAUAAUUCAAAUAAACAGCUGAGAUAUUAACAAAAGAGAGGUAAACCAAAGAGAGCCUCUCUUCUGCAGAUAGGACCUUUAGAUAUGUUUGGCCUGAAUUGCUUCCAGCCGCUCUGAACGAUUGUUAGACCCCCAUGUGACGGAUUCUUCCUAUUUCUCUGCUAAAUAAUGUUAGCUUGUAGACCCUCUGACAUACGUGCUACGUACCCAGCCCACUGCAGCCUGCAAUUCGCUUCGCUAUAUCCAUCUCCUUAUCUUCUUCUUCUUUGUGGAACGCCGAUUCGGAGACGGCGGAUUCGAUUCCCGUUCCAGUCGGGAAACUUUUCUCGACUCCUUGGGCAUAGCGUAUUGUACUGUACUUGCCACACAAUGUACAAAUUCAUGCAAUGGCAGGCAAAGACAGCCCUUCAAUUAAUAACUGUGGAAGUGCUCUAAAAACACUAAGUUGAAGAGAGGCAGGUCAUGUUCCAAUGCGAACGUCGAGCCACAAAGAAGAAAAAGAACAUUCAAGAGAUUCUUUAUUGAAAUCCGCACUCGGAACCGAACCUGCAAAAUAAGUUUCCAUCAUUAGAUCUAAAGUUUCACGAGAAGUUAUAGUAAACCACCAUCGUCACGUUUCAGAAAGCCCAUUUCAUUCAUAAGAUCCUUCGCAAGAGUUUUCUGUAAACUUGCAACCACUGAAGUAUGAUUUAUGAUUUCACAUGCUAAAAUUCAAGAUCUUCUCUUGGAUUUUCGCAACUCUUUGUUGUAUUCAGUGAGAGCUCUCCUGUAAUGAGCCCAAUAUGAAGUUCGUUUCGCUUUAUUGAACUCCUUUCCAGUAACUUUCGAAGGCAUUUCAGUUUGGAGUUCCACCAAGGUACAUCCCUAUUAGAGGAAGAAUGAAUAAUAUAGGACAACUACGGUUAAAAGAAUCAAUGAUAUCUUCAUUUUACUUUUGGGAUGCAGAUACAGAUCAAAUGAAUCAAUAUUUCCUCUCAUUGUUAAUUAAUUUGAUAGCAAACAUUCCGAAUAUUGACCUCAAUUUGUCUUUCUGGAAUUUCUGAAAGGUGUGCAAGAGCUAUCUUGCACGCCCCAUUCAAACAUUAUUUGCUUAAGAUCAGACAAAAAAGGCUCGCUGGACACGUGCCAGUUUGUAAUCUUAUCAAAAAUUACACCAUUGCACAGAGUAAGAUGCAAAACUUUUUGUCAAAUGGCAUUUGAAAAAGUUGCCAUUAUUAUCUAUGAAGACAAAUAUUCCAAUGACUCCCCACGACUGUUUAUAUCAGUGCUCAAGGGCGGUACGGUCAAAAUUUGGUCACACCAUUUUUUCAUAACUUUAGACUGCGUACACCAAAACAGCUUAUUUUUGGACAAGUAAUGGUGCAUUAUAUGUUGAUUAUACCAUAAAAUUUUACAGUAUAAUACUUUUAUUGAAAUUUGUUCUUAGAUAAAUUUUGAGCCAUUUAGAAAUUCUUUCAAAGUUGUAGCAGUUUGAAUAUGAAAAAAACUGACCGGCCACUUAAGAAAAUAUAACUUUGUAACGGUUAGAUAAAAUUGAAAUUUUUACAGAUAAAAUUAGAUAGAUAAAAUUGAAAUUUUUACACAACAUUUUGGCAUGCAUACUUUACAAACAGAAAAAUUUUCAUUGAAAUCAGCUAUAUAAAUAAAACAGUAAAAAUGUGUUCUUAUUUUUGAAUCUUCUUUGUACAAAACUUUAAAAUUGCAGAUCUCAGGAUUCAACAAUAUCUCCACAAAUACUAAACCGAUUUUGAUGAAAAUUUUAUGGUAUAAGCUACAUACAAUGUCUCUCGCGGGCCGCACAGACCACAAGAGAUAUUUCUGAAUGGAACUCUGAUUUCCAAUCUUUUGUAUAGCAGCGAAUCUCUAGCUUCUGCCCCAAGGAUUAUAGUGGGAACUAAAAAGCUCUGCUUACUUCAAAUCUCCAGGAGCAAAUUAAACCCCAUUUGUCCUAUUUGUCUUCAGAGGGAUUUGAGUACUUCAAACAUGUUUUGAGUUCUUGUAGUUUUCUAUUGGGUAUUUCCAUGGCGUCAAAUUACCCAAGUAACCAGUAAGCAUUUAAAAUAGCAUUCCUUCAGCUUUAUAGUAGCCUUUACGACAAGGCGUUUAAUGCUAAUUAGCCGUAUAUGCGCCUAUAGUGCUACCUUACAGCAGAUUUUGGCAAAAUAACGGGCUGUCUUAGUGCUAUCCCUUAAGGAACGUCGUGACGAAAUGUCAAAGAAGCGUAACGCCUCGUCGAGCAAAAAAAAAAAUAGAUUGACGUCUGCUUCUCGUUCUCUCAGCCUGCUUCCCGCUUGAUCUUCCUUCCACAUUCCAGCCGGUGCUAGGUGGUACUUUUUUGCUGAUUAUUGUAGUGAUGUAGGUUUGAACUUACGAUCCGGAGAUUGAUGAAUCAUAUCUGCUUCUGAUUCUGUUGCUCCUGAUCCACGAUGCUAAAGCUGUUCCGGUGGCGUGCGUUGAUUCAAUCGCCAAUAUAAAGAAUGAUUCGAUAACAGCUUCAGAUUCAACAUCAAAAACUUGUUUUCAUUGAGAGGUAGAGGAUUACGAUCCCUUUUAAAUAUCUAUGGAAUAUGAUUCUUUCUUCCCUCGUUCAAACAAUCCUAUGAUCCAUCAAAGCAUCUACCUAUUCGGCACACAUUUUCCGACGAAAUGAUAAAUAAUUGGUGAUUUAUUGAUGGACAAAUUCCCAAACCAAUCCAGCUGUAGUAAUGGUUUCUUUGGUGCUUUUGGAUGAGUAGAGGAAAAUGAAGAAACAAAUAAGAUGCACAAAUUUGUAAACAGAAGCAUAGGCUCUGUAAGAGAGAGACGAUAUGUGUUGCCAACUGCGUAACAUAUCUCCCAACCUUUUUGCUCCUAGCAUUUAAAGAGCAGUUGAAAAGCAUUCUGAUUGCUCCCAAGUGAAAACACUUCAAGCAGUUGAAAUGCUAAUUAACAGCCAAAAGCAUUUGAGCAAUACAGCUUAUGCUAACUCAAUGCAGUUAUGCAUUCAAACUGCUUACGUAGGGCAGCAAGCAGUUUAAAUGCAUAAUACGGGCUGAUACACGGCUUAUUCAAAUGCUUACACUGGGAAAAAAAUCUUCAUUCCUUCUAUGUGUCCGGGACAUGGAUUUUUGCAAUGGGGGUAGUGCGGCUCAUACUUUUGAUGAGGCACCAUACAGCAGCGACUCAUACAAUUUAGAGCACAUACUAUUCAUGCGGAAAAGUUGGCCACCUGUUUGCAUCGGCUGAUAGUCAGGAUCUGGGAAACCGAACAGCUACCGGAGGAGUGGAAGGAAGGGGUAAUCUGCCCCAUUCACAAGAAAGGCGACCAUUUGGAAUGUGAGAACUUCAGGGCGAUCACUAUUUUGAAUGCUGCCUACAAAGUGCUAUCCCAGAUCAUCUUCCGUCGUCUGUCACCUAAAACAAAUGAGUUCGUGGGAAGUUAUCAAGCCGGCUUCAUCGACGGCCGGUCGACAACGGACCAGAUCUUUACCGUACGGCAAAUCCUCCAGAAAUGCCGUGAAUACCAGGUCCCAACGCACCACCUGUUCAUCGACUUCAAAGCGGCAUACGACAGUAUAUUAGAAUAAUUAGCCACAGAAGUCCAAUGUCAUGACUGUUCGUGUGACUAACAUCUAGUUUGCCACGCCCUUACAUUGUCAGUAGCGGUACUAGAAGUGUCAUAUAAAUUUUGUGUACCAAAACAAAAGAUGCUCUACAAGAUAGACACUUAAAAAUAGUCAGUUACUACAUUUAAAGUUAUUUAAUUAAUUAAAUAAAAAAGUGACUACAGCGCCAUUGGAGUUCUAGUGUAUUUCUAUUGACAGUAUCGACCGCGCAGAGCUAUGGAGAAUCAUGGACGAAAACGGCUUUCCUGGGAAGCUGACUAGACUGAUUAAAGCAACGAUGGACGGUGUGCAAAACUGCGUAAGGGUUUGUUGUGUUAGUGCACGUUCAGAAGAGAGCCUCUCGUUCGAGAGAGAAAAAGGGAAAUUGAAUGCUGUGACAUGAAAGCGAUCGAAGAAUAAAUCAGAACUUGUUUGUACAUCAGUCGAAUCAGUCGUGUUUAGACUAACGUCCAUCUUUAUCCGAAACCUUACCGUUCCGUUUAAGAAUAAGUUAGGACGUUCCUCCGCUUCGUCUCUGUCCGCCUUUUGUAGUUAUAUCAGCUGGCGACGAGAAAAGUACGGAUUAAGUGAAUUCGCGAUAGUGACUCGGUUAAGUGUUUAAUUAUUUCGCCCUACAUUCCCAGUGCUCAGCGUAAGUCAUUUUUCCCUGGGAAGAGCUAGGAGAUUUCCGCUGAAAAAUAGCGUCGUUUGAAGUGCAUUUUUUUAUCGAUUCGAUGACCUUUUGUUCUUCCCUUUUGUUUGGAUUUCAAAGAGUGCUUUGUGUUUGCAGCCGCAUAAAGUGAUAGUGAAAGUGGCAUAUCUAUCUUUAGAAUUUUCAUAGCGGCAUUGUUUUUGAUUAAUUAUUUUACCGAACGAUUUUAUUUAGAAUUUUUUGAGAAAUUAAUGAUUUCCAGCGUUGUUGGCCAUUUCUUCGUUUCAGCACAAACCAUAAUUUCGAUACAUACUUUACACCAUUUUGUUUCUCUUUUAUCUCCGUGUAGUUACUCCAUCUGACAGGUCGUUGCGAGAGUGAGUUCGUCGAAAUCAUCGAUCACUCGACGGCCGAAGUUCACUCACGUCGUUCGGUAUCCAUGCAUGAGGUGCGCUGCAUGUGUGAGUGCUAGUGCGGAUAAUUUGUCGGAGUACACACGGGAUAUUUUGUGAGACGGCAAUUGAGCGACCUGCAAUAUCAACAUCAGCCUACUGUACACUACUACAUACAACCAUACGACAUCUAGUGCAGUGCAGUUGCUGAAUAAAGGGUGCAUCAAUUGUUUAGGCCUGCCUCCAAGGCACGAUCAGCUGAUUCUGAAGAGACUUUCGACGGUGACGUUUGUGCUGAAUUGGUGGCGGCUGCUGUGCAAGAAGUUAACCUUGACCAACUCACAGUGGUGCUUACGACGGUUGAUUUUACCUCUGUUUUCGUGCAUGCAGUUUUGAGUUGCGGCGGCAGCAUUUUUUUGAAGGUGAAGUACUUCAGUGUUCAAGAAUGUCGGUGUCCACAACCAUUGAGCCAUACCUGCCGAAUUCAAUUCCUUUUGCGCAAUACGUUGAGCAGCUUGAAUACGUGUUCCUCAAUAACAAUGUACCAGAAGAGCGCUACAAGACAUCUUUUCUAGCCGUGUGUGGCGUAACGGUAUUUUCUGAAAUCAAAAAGCUUUUUCCCGGUCAGGACGUUAAAACCCUAUCUUACCAGCAGAUUACGGAACAACUUAAAAAGAGAUUUGACAAGUGUGAUUCGGAAGUGAUCAAUAGUUACAAGUUUUGGAGCAGAAGGCAGGGUCGAAAUGAAAAAUCGGAGGAUUUUGUGAUAGCGGUAAAGGUUCUAGCAGAACAAUGUGGGUUCGGUACCUUUAAAGAUAGGGCCAUUCGUGAUCUUUUGGUGAUAGGCGUAUAUAACCGUGAGAUUCAGAAGCGUUUGUGCGAUGAGGAUGAUCUAACUGCUGCUAGGGCGGAAAAACUUAUAAUGAAUCACGAAAUUUCUAACAUAAGAACGAGUGUUCUGAAGGAUGAUGAAGAUCAUAAUACUUCGAUAGUCGCUCGUUUGGGUAGGAAGGAAGUUCGCUCUAGUUCAAAACAUAGGUAUCGCGGUAGAAAUAAAAGCGGUAAUCGUAGUGUUUCAUUUUCACCUAGGCAUAAACAAGGAAGAUAUGGGGACCGGAGAUAUGAUUCAGAAAAACCGACAUAUUUUUGCUCUUUCUGUAAGAAAAGCGGCCACACACGCAAUUUUUGCUAUAAGUUACAUGGUAGAGGACAGCAUCAAGCAGAGGUCAAGUUCAUAGGAUCUCCGAAGAAAACCUCUAGCAGUAGCAAAAGUGGGGGAUCAAAUUUUAAAAGACCUUGUUAUACGGAUGAUGAAGACGAAGAGGAUUUACCCUGCAUGAUGAUUUCCUCGAUCAAUCGCAUAAACGAAGCCUGUCAUGUAAAGGUGUUAGUGGAGAAACAUACUUUGACAAUGGAGAUUGAUUGUGGAUCUGCAGAGACCGUCAUUUCUGAAGAAUUUUUUCUGAGAAAUUUUGGACAGAGACAGCUUUUACCUUGUAACAAGAAACUGGCAGUAAUUGAUGGCAAGAGAUUGAAGGUAUUAGGAAAAAUAAGUGUCUCAGUUCAACUCAAAGGCAAAUUGCAGCAGCUUCACAUGAUUGUGCUUCGUUGUGACAACGAUUUUACUCCUUUGAUGGGCCGCACCUGGUUGGACUGCUUCUAUGCAGGAUGGAGAAAUGUUUUUUUCAAAUCCGGGGACUAAGGACGAGAGCAUUAACAAGCUCGACGAGGAAAAUGUGGUCGAUCAGUUGAAAAGUAAGUUUUCAACCGUAUUUGAUGGGGAUUUUUCAUCUCCAAUAGUUGGGUAUGAAGGAGAUCUUGUUUUGAAGGAAGAUAAGCCUAUUUUUAGAAAAGCUUAUGGAGUUCCGCUUAGACUACGAGACAAAGUCAUUGAGCAUUUAGAUUCUUUAGAGAGAGAUGGGGUAAUCACACCGGUAGAAACCAGCGAAUGGGCCUCACCGGUGGUAAUAGUGAUGAAGAAGGAUCAAACUAUCCGUUUAGUGAUCGAUUGUAAAGUUUCCAUAAAUAAAGUAAUAAUUCCAAAUACCUACCCAUUGCCUGUAGCACAGGACCUUUUUGCCUCUCUAUCAGGAUCAAAAGUUUUUUGCUCACUUGACUUGGCUGGUGCUUAUACGCAGCUUUUGUUAUCGCAAGCCUCCAGAAAAUUUAUGGUAAUAAAUACAAUAAAGGGCUUAUAUGUUUACAAUCGUCUGCCACAAGGAGCAUCAUCAAGUGCAUCCAUUUUUCAAAGAGUUAUGGACCAAGUUCUUGGUGGCCUGGACAAUGUGUUUUGUUAUUUGGACGAUGUUUUGAUUGCGGGAACCGACUGGGAGGAUUGUCGAAGAAAACUUUAUUUAGUACUGGAAAGAUUGGCCAAAGCUAAUAUAAAAGUUAAUUUGAAGAAGUGUAAGUUUUUUGUGACGGAAUUGCCAUAUUUGGGACACAUUUUGACGAAUAAAGGGCUGUCUCCGUGUCCUCUAAAAAUUGAAACUAUUCGCGAAGCGAAAGCUCCGCGAAAUGUGUCAGAGCUCAAGGCAUUUUUGGGUUUGCUGAAUUAUUAUUCAAAAUUUAUCCCCAAUCUUUCCUCCCGCAUCCAGUGCCUUUAUGGUCUUUUAAAGAAAAAUGUGAGAUUCCUUUGGACAGACGAAUGUGAACAAACUUUUAAAGACUGCAAGAGUUUUCUCCUUCGACCGUGCCUGUUGGAGUAUUUUGAUCCCACGAAACCAAUUGUUGUCACCACCGAUGCUUCAAGUUACGGAUUAGGAGGAGUGAUGUCGCAUGUCAUUGAUGGAGAAGAGCGCCCUGUUUGUUUCACAUCUUUUAGUCUGAAUGAUGCACAACGGAAGUACCCCAUUUUACAUUUGGAAGCUUUGGCGGUUGUUUGUGCGGUAAAGAAAUUCCAUAAGUUUCUUUUUGGCAUGAGGUUUGUGAUUUACACGGACCAUAAGCCAUUGAUUGGAAUUUUCGGCAAAGAAGGCAAAAAUCAGAUUUCAGUAACACGGCUGCAACGUUACGUCAUUGAGCUUUCUAUUUACGACUAUGAAAUCAUAUACCGCCCCUCUUCCAAAAUGGCAAAUGCAGAUUUUUGUUCACGUUUUCCCCUUGCGCAGCCUGUUCCCAAAGCUUUUGACCGAGAAUUUGUAAAAAGUCUAAACUUCACAGAAACAUUUCCUAUCGACUACAAAGAAAUUGCUAAAGAAACAUUGCGAGAUGAGUUUUUGGUGAAAAUCAUGGAAUACAUAAGACAAGGAUGGCCAAACCGUCUGGACAGGAGAUUCAAGGACGUGUACUCGCACCACCAAGAGCUGGAAGAAGUAGAGGGAUGCGUGUUGUUCCAUGACCGUGUUAUUAUUCCAGAUACUUUAAAAUCAAAUGCGUUGAAGCUGCUUCAUAGAAACCAUAGCGGAAUAAACAAAAUGAAACAACUGGCGCGUAGAACGGUGUACUGGUUCGGGAUGAAUAAGGAUGUAGAAGAGUAUGUCGGACGCUGUAGAAUAUGCAAUCAAAUGACUCCGGUUACGAGACCAGCAGCGUAUUCACCAUGGAUUCCGACUAACAAGCCAUUCAGCAGAGUACAUGCAGAUUUUUUUCACCUGGACCACAAAACGUUUCUCGUGAUUGUUGACAGCUACACAAAAUGGAUUGAGCUCGAAUACAUGAAGUGUAGUACGGAUAGCAAAAAUGUCAUCAAAGUUUUCCUCAACGUAUUUGCCAGAUAUGGAUUGCCGGAUGUUUUGGUGACAGACGGUGGACCACCGUUCAAUUCUACGGAUUUCGUUGAUUUUUUUGAAAGACAAGGGGUGAAUGUGAUGAAAAGUCCGCCUUAUCACCCUGAAAGCAACGGGCAGGCAGAGCGCAUGGUUCGUUUAGUGAAAGACGUUUUUAAGAAGUUUCUAAUUGACCCAGAUAUGAAGAAGCUAGAAACGGACCUACAAAUUUCUUAUUUCCUAUUGAAUUAUAGAAACACUUGCCAAGAGGAUGGAAGUUGUUUUCCAUCUGAGAGACUCCUUUCAUACAGACCCAAAACACUAUUGGACUUGAUCAAUCCCAAAACUAGUUUUAAACAUAAUUUAAAUAAAAGACAUGAUGACUUUUCACCUACUAGAUCCAUAAGUACUGACCAUUUUAACGACCAGUUCGUUGAUCUUAAGUGCGGUGACCUGAUCUACUAUAAAAACGCUAACAAGAGUGACAUAAGACGAUGGUUACCAGCAACGUAUCUCAAACGAAUUUCUUCGACUGUUUUCCAGAUAUCGCUCGGAGGAAGGUUGAUUACUGCGCACAAACGACAGAUUAAGAUUUCCGACGAUCACAGCCGCAAAACUAGCUCACAUUUUGUAAUACGCGGCGAGAGUGCGCUGGUCAACCCCAGAAAGCGAAGGAGAGAACCGGAUGUCGGAGAGGAGGCCUCCUCCGAUCAAGAGCCUGAUUUUUACGGUUUUCCCGCAGAAUCAUUUAUUUUUAGAGAAGAUUCUCCGAUCGGAGAUCAAAUAGAUAGGCGUGAAAUUAACCAAGAAAUGAAACAAAUUCGAAAAUCAAAUCGAAAUGCUAAGAAAAAACGUAAAGGUGAUUUCCUAUAUUAUUAAGUAUAUUUUAUAAAUCUAAAUGUAUCAAAAUGUUAAAGGAUUUUGAUUUCGAAUGUUUAUUAAAAAUUGAAUUAGAUUUCGUUCUUAAAGGAAGGAGGAGUUGUUGUGUUAGUGCACGUUCAGAAGAGAGCCUCUCGUUCGAGAGAGAAAAAGGGAAAUUGAAUGCUGUGACAUGAAAGCGAUCGAAGAAUAAAUCAGAACUUGUUUGUACAUCAGUCGAAUCAGUCGUGUUUAGACUAACGUCCAUCUUUAUCCGAAACCUUACCGUUCCGUUUAAGAAUAAGUUAGGACGUUCCUCCGCUUCGUCUCUGUCCGCCUUUUGUAGUUAUAUCAGGGUUUUGGGAGAACUAUCCAGUUCAUUCGAAUCUCGCCGGGGACUGCGACAAGGUGAUGGACUCUCAUGCCUACUCUUCAACAUCGCUCUGGAAGGUGUGAUGCGACGAGCCGGGCUCAACAGCCGGGGAACGAUUUUCACAAAAUCCGGACAAUUUGUAUGCUUUGCGGACGACAUGGACAUUAUUGCCAGAACAUUUGGAACGGUGGCACAGCUGUACACCCGCCUGAAACGCGAAGCAGCAAAGGUCGGACUGGUGGUGAAUGCCUCAAAAACAAAGUACAUGCUGGUAGGCGGAACCGAAAACGACCGGAUCCGUCUGGGUAGUAAUGUUACGAUAGACGGGGAUACUUUCGAGGUGGUGGAGGAAUUCGUCUACCUCGGACAGAGCCGUAGCGUGCGGUUGGCCCCUGCCAAGGGCGCCAGCCUCAGAGGGGCGCCGAAAGGCCUCUGGCUUGAGGAUAAUAUUUUUCCGUUUUCUCAAAAAAAAAAAAAAACAUAUUUCUCUGGUUUACUUUGCGCAUUUACCAUGAUAUUACCUGGGAAUUUAUCUACUAAAUUUAUUUCGAGAAAUUAUUUCAUUUUUUUAAUGAGCAAAGCAAAAACAAUAUGCUUUUUAAAUUCUAGACUAUUCUAGUGAAUGUUUCUUUCUAACAAAUCUGACUGGGGAUUUUCUACGCAUACAUUCAAAUAUUUCUUUUAUUUUUUUACAAACUCAGGAAGUUAUCUAGAAAUUUGUUCAGAAAUUAGUCAAAGGAUUCUUCCUGAUAUUUCAGUAAGGGUUUAACUAGAUAAUCUUCCAUAGUUUCGCCAAGAAAUUUCGGCAGAUAUUCUUGAAAGAAAAAAAAAAACUUUCGGUGAUGAAUUUAAAAAUUUCCUUCAAAACUACCAGAAAUUUCGUUACAAAUUCCUUCAAAAAUUCUUCAUGCUUCUGUUUCUCAAUACUCCUAUUUUACAAUUUUUCGUGGAAAAUCUUCAAUGCAUUUCUUUAGAAAUUUUCCAGAGUAACCACACAAAUUAUUAACCCUAAAAGGGAUACCUUCAUGGCCUCAGUUUCGUCACCUCGCUGAGUGUGUUCCAUCAAAGACGAGCUCUGAAAGGCGUCUGGGGUCCAAUGGACCCCAGGUAUCCCUGUUAGGGUUAAGGAGAUCCCUGCAAAAAUAUCUUUAAAUAUUACUUUGAGACCCUUUAAUAGAUUUCCUCAGUAAUUCCUAAAUAGAUUCUUAUGGAAAAUCCUGCAGAGAUUCAUUUAGAAGCCUCAAAGAAAUGACAAUCAGAAUUAAUUUAAAAAUUUAUCACGAUAUUUUUGUGAAAAACGUCUAUAGAUUUCUUUAGUAAUUUGACCAAAAUUUCCUACAAAAACUUUUCUACAGAUUCCUUUAGAAAGAAGAAAUCUCUAAUAUUGCUUGGGAAAUCUUCCAUAUAUUCUUUCUGAAGUUAAUCCAUGUUCACUAGAGAUUACUCCAUAAAUUUCUACUAGAUUUCCCCAAGAAAACCGUUCCAGAAUUUCCUCAUAAAUUUCUCCAGAAAACCAAAAGUUUGGAAUUGCUUCAAAAAUUUGUCUAGGUAGUCCGUUGGAAAACAUGUCAUUGAUUCUAUAAAAAAAAUAUCCAAAGGUUUGACUUUCUUUGAAUUUCGAUUGUUGGUGAUUAUUAUGGGAGAUAUGGCGUUCAGUCUUUGGAGGAACAACUCAAAAACGGAUUCUUAAGCUUUCAUCCGACGUUUUGGUCGCUAUAUUGCGCCUUCUUCUGGGAAUUAACUAUGCUCUCAGAAGAAGGCGCAAUAUAGAGUAAUGCGGGGCAAAAGUUCGCACGGGGCAAAAGUUCGCAGUGGGUCUUUUUCUGGACACGAGCUAAGAACCCAAACAAAUUUGUAUGGGUUCGACACAUAAUCAGGCCAGUUACUCGUCAACAAAAAUUGGAACGAUUUCGUUAUGGUGUGGCAGAGUUAUGCAAAAAAAUGUGUUUCUAGGUGUUUUGAUAGAAUUUUUGGACUUUUUGGAAUAAGAAUUUCUAGUAACAGGAAGAAGAAGAAUUUCAUAACCUCUUGAUGUCGGAGAAUCGUUAUUCCAUAGUAGUUCGAGAGGUGCACUCGAAUAAACAAUAAACUACUAGUGCUUCUUGCAGAAGGGGACAUUGUUAACACCUUGACGGUGGGGCAAAAGUUCGCAGUAGCUGUGGGGCAAAAGUUCGCACUAGAUUUCUGAAUGUAGUACAUCAAUAUAAUUGCAGAAUCUUUGAAGCAAUGAUGGUUUCGUAUAAAAACUACUAUAUUUGUAUAAUAUGUGUAGUAUGCACCCUGAAAUCGUUCCGGCAGAAGGUUUGAACUUAGCUUUGUAAGAGGAUCGAUUGUAAGGCAAACAUUAUGUUCUUCCAUUUAAAUCAAGAAAUGAAAAAUGGCUAAAAAACAUUUUAAAACAGUUUCUUCGUCAUCCUCGUCUUGUCUUUUCGUAUGUUCCUGAACGUCAUGUUAUGUUCAUCUACUUUACCGAGGUCUUUCAUAGCUUAGUUUGUAAAUUCACAGUUAUAAUUCAUCACCAUACUGACGGAAAUAAGAUUCGAUUACGGUCCCGUUCAAUAGUUUUGCAGCAUAUUUGAUUUUUUCAUGUAUUUUGGGCAACACGUAUCUCUAUGAUUACCCCAAUAUGUAUUUUGAUUACUUCAGUAAUGCUGGAAAGGACAGCUUCUAGUUAAUAGUUGUGGAAGUAUUUAUAAAAUACAUUGUAUACCAAAGCUGAACACCAGGUCGUAUUCCAGUUGGGCCGUAAUGCUAAGAACAGAAAGAAACAGGUUUCACAGCUAGAGUGAAAGGACGAACAUGAAUUAUCAUGAAAUAAAUGAACAUCACACCACUAAACUACGCUUUUCAAGGUGCGAACUUUUGCCCCGCAUAAUGCGAACUUUUGCCCCCACUAUGGGGCAAAAGUUCGCAUUGGAGUUCUUGUAUUAAAAAUUAUAUUACUAAAACUACAAAAGGAACGCGAAAAAAUCUAGUACUACGUUUUGAAGGCAACAUGAUAGGGACCCGUUUAACGAAGAAAAACGAUAUAAUUUUCUUUUCGUUUAAUAGCUAUUUCGUAAAGUCUGUUAGGUGCGAACUUUUGCCCCGCAUUACUCUAGUGACCGAAAUGUCGGAUGAAACCUGGAUUCCUUUAGAAAUUUCUCAGGGAUAAAGAUUUUAGGGACUUUUUUUUAAUUCUCAAAAUUUAAGGGAUUCCUUCAAAAAUUCUUCCAGUAUUCUUUCAGAAAAUCUUCCAUUAGUUCUCCACAGAUUCUUACAAGCAUUUCUUCAGGCAUUUCUUCAUGAAAUACUCCAGGAAUACCUGCAAGAAUUACUACAUAAAUUCCAUUGGAAAUUCUUGCUGAAAUGUCUAACGAAUUUCCAUAUGGACCGAAUAUUCCAACAGCAUUCUUCCAGAGAUUCCUGCAUAAUUUCAUUUAGCUAUUCCAGUUGUCCUUCGAGAGAUUCAAACAAAAACUCAUUAAGAUUUUUUUAGAAAUUUCUCCUGGUGUUUAUUUAUAUCCAUAGUUUGUCUAAUGAUUACUCAUUAGAUCUUCUGGGAAAUGUUUUGAAAACUUCAGAAGAAACCGUUGGUAAAGUUAUUGGAAUUGCUGAAACCAAUUAAAGUUUUCACGAAAUAGAUCACCUGGGGUUUCCUGUAAAACCCUGAAACACAUUAAGUAUUUGUUUAAACAUAGUUCAAUUGGACAAAAAAUCCAGAAAAGAAAAGUAAAUGAAAAAUCUGUAAGCUAUCAGGAAUAACUAAAUGCAUCAUUUAUGUAGGGAAUCAGACAUGUAAUAUAUAAUCAUUGUGCUGGUCUUAGUGAGAUUCUUGAAAUGCAUAAUAUGUUCAUUUCAUACUUAUACUCGUAUAAGAGAAAUAAAUUUAAAAAAAAUUCGGGUGACUCCAAUUGAAAUUCAUAAAGAAAAAGGGAAUUGAUUGAGGUAAAGGAUUUUGAUUCUUCUUUUUUUCAUAACCAAAAAAUCCAUUUUUUAAGAAAAUUUGGAAAAAAAUAACUACAUUUUUUGCAAAUUAACAAUGACUUAUUGUCGUGGGGCGUCAAUCUGGAUGCUUGCCAAGGGCGCCAUAGGACCACGCUACGGCUCUGACUCGGAUCCUUACUGACGGCUGACAACAACGUGAGCCGUGAAAUUCGGAGGCGCAUCAUCAGCGGAAGUCGGGCCUACUACGGGCUCCAGAAGAAACUGCGGUCGGAAAAGAUUCACCCGCGCACCAAAUGCACCAUGUACAAAACGCUAAUAAGACCGGUAAUCCUCUACGGGCACGAGACAUGGACCAUGCUCGAGGAGGACCUGCAAGCACUCGGAGUUUUCGAGCGACGCGUGCUAAGGACGAUCUUCGGCGAUGUGCAGGAGAACGGUGUGUGGCGGAGAAGAAUGAACCACGAGCUCGCUGCACUUUACGGCGAACCCAGCAUCCAGACGGUGGCCAAAGCCGGAAGGAUACGGUGGGCAGGGCAUGUUGCAAGAAUGCCGGACAACAACCCUGCAAAGCUGGUGUUUGCAACUGAUCCGGCUGGCACAAGAAGCCGUGGAGCGCAGAGAGCACGAUGGGUGGACCAGGUGGAGCGUGACUUGGCGAGCAUCGGAUGCGACCGAGGAUGGAGAGCGGCAGCCACGAACCGUGUAUUAUGGAGAAAUAUUGUUGAUUCAGUUUUAUCUUGAAUUUGAUGUAAUACUAAAUAAAUGAAAUGAAAAUGACUAUUCAUGCGCUAAUUUGCCUGCGUAAUCGGGUAUUGGUUGCAUAUACUUUGGAUGUGGUUUGGCACAUGGAUAUUUGCCAUUAAGUAUGAGGCAAAUUUUCCUGAGUGUAAUGGUUACCUGGGUACUCUAUAGUUUUGAAGAAGGAAUGAGUUCCAAAUUUAUUUGGUUACCUCAUUCUUUCUUAAAUGCUUGAAAUACAUUGUCGAUUAUCACAUCUGUGAUGUUCGCCUGGCUAACAUGCUUAUUUGUGUGAACCCCCCAGCCUCCCAAUUGGGAAUGUCCACCGUGACUCUUUUACACAAAGUUGUAUACGUUUUCAAGAAAGCACUCGCUCAAACGUAGUUUUUGUCUUAUUGAAAGUCGCAUGACGUCGCAAGCUAUCUCCAAUGAGUUAUAGGCUCUCAUUACGCUUAUGCGUUUUACAGUGUCCUUUUCAGGACACUGUUUAAACCCGUUGUGGUAUGGGCUAUGAGCUCUCGUUGCAUUUAUGCGUUCAUUCCCUCUUCUGAUAUCUGAUACAUACUUACCUUACCGGUCAGGCUAAGGCCGGGGUGGCCUCUGCUGUACAUAGUAGCCGCCUCCAUUCCACUCGGUCCAUGGCUGUUUGUCUCCAGUUCCGCACUCUGCGUAGGGUCCGCAGAUCGUCCUCCACUUGGUCGACCCACCUAGCUCGCUGCGCUCCACGUCUUCUUGUACCGGUCGGAUGACUCUCGAGAACCAUUUUAGUCGGGUUGCUAUCCGACAUCCUGAUGACGUGACCCGCCCACCGUAGCCUCCCGAUUUUCGCGGUAUGGACGAUGGUUGGUUCUCUCAGCAGCUGAUGCAGCUCGUGGUUCAUUCGCCUUCUCCAAGUCCCGUCUUCCAUCUGCACUCCGCCGUAGAUGGUACGCAACACCUUCCGUUCGAAAACUCCAAGGGCGCGUUGGUCCUCUGCACGUAGAGUCCAUGUUUCGUGCCCAUAGAGGACGACCGGUCUAAUCAGCGUUUUGUAGAUGGUUAACUUCGUGUUACGGCGAACUUUAUUCGAUCGUAGAGUUCUGCGGAGUCCAAAGUAAGAACGAUUUCCUGCCACAAUGCGCCUCUGAAUUUCUCUGCUGGUGUCGUUGUCGGCGGUCACCAGUGAGCCCAAGUACACGAAUUCUUCAACCGCCUCGAUUUCAUCACCGUCGAUAUGAAUUCGGGGUGGCGGGCGCGGUGAUUCCUCCCUGGAGCCCUUUGCCAUCAUGUACUUUGUUUUCGACACAUUAAUGACUAAUCCGAUUCGCCUGGCUUCACUCUUUAGUCGGAUGUACGUUUCCGCCAUCGUCUCAAAUUUACGAGCAAUAAUAUCAAUAUCAUCGGCGAAACCAAGCAGCUGAACGGACUUCGUGAAAAUCGUCCCACUCGUGUUUAUCCCCGCUCUUCUGAUCACACCAUCCAAAGCAAUGUUGAACAGCAAGCACGAAAGACCAUCACCUUGCCGUAACCCUCUGCGAGUUUCGAAGGGACUCGAGAGUGUCACUGAUACUCGAACUACGCACAUCACUCGAUCCAUCGUCGCCUUGAUCAACCGUAUCAGUUUAUCCGGGAAUCCGUAUUCGUGCAUAAUCUGCCAUAGCUGUUCUCGAUCGAUUGUAUCAUACGCCGAUUUGAAAUCGAUGAACAAGUGAUGUGUGGGCACGUUGUAUUCGCGGCAUUUCUGCAACACCUGGCGGAUGGCGAACAUCUGGUCCGUUGUAGCGCGUUCACCCAUAAAUCCAGCCUGAUAUUGCCCCACGAACUCUCUUGCAAUCGGUGAUAGACGGCGGCAUAAAAUUUGAGAGAGUAUCUUGUAGGCAGCGCUCAGUAGUGUGAUCGCGCGGUAGUUCCCGCAAUCCAACUUGUCGCCCUUUUCUGUAGAUGGGACACACGAUACCUUCCAUCCAUUCCUCCGGUAAUACUUCCUCCUCCCAAAUCUUGGUAAUGACCCAGUGUAGUGCUCUCACCAGUGCUUCUCCACCGUAUUUUAGAAGCUCGCUUGGUAGUUGAUCUGCUCCAGCGGCUUUGUUGUUUUUCAACCGGCCAACCUCCUCCUCAAUCUCUUGAAGGUCAGGGGCCGGAAGUCUUUCGUCCUGUGCACAUACUCCUAGAUCGGUUACCACGCCACCUUCGGUACUUGCAACGUCGCCAUUGAGGUGCUCAUCGUAAUGCUGCCGCCAUCUCUCGACCACCUCACGCUCGCUCGUGAGAAUAUUCCCGUGAUUAUCUCGGCACAUGUCGGCUUGUGGCACAAAGCCUCUGCGCGAGCGGUUCAGCUUCUCGUAGAACUUUCGUGUGUCCUUAGCGCGGUACAGCUCUUCCAUCGCUUCGCGAUCUCGUUCUUCCUGCUGGCGCUUCUUCAUCCGGAAGACUGAGUUCUGCCUGUUCCACGCCUGUUUGUAACGUGCCUCAUUCGCUCUCGUACGGUGUUGCAGCAUUCUCGCCCAUGCUGCAUUCUUCUCGUUUUUCAACUGUUCACAUUCGCCGUCGUACCAGUCGUUUCUGUGAUUCGGAGUCGCGAAGCCUAGUGCUGUAGCCGAGGUACUACCUAUGGCGGAUCGGAUGUCCCUCCAGCCAUCUUCAAGUGUAGCUGCGCCAAGCUGCUCUUCCGUUGGUAGGGCCACUGCUAACUGCUGCGCGUAGUCUUGAGCCACUUCUACGUUACGAAGUUGCUCGAUGUUGAGUCGCGGCGUUCGACUUCGACGCGUGGUGAUAACUGUCGAAAGUUUUGAGCGCAUGCAUACAGCGACUAAGUAGUGAUCCGAAUCUAUAUUCGCACUGCGGUAUGUGCGGACGUUGGUUAUAUCUGAGAAGAAUUUACCGUCGAUUAGAACGUGGUCGAUUUGGUUUUCUGUUUGAUGGUCGGGUGAUCUCCAGGUGGCUUUGUGGAUAUCUUUGCGGGGGAAGAAGGUGCUUCGGACUACCAUACCACGGGAGGCUGCAAAGUUUACGCAUCGCUGGCCGUUAUCAUUCGAUACGGCGUGCAGGCUGUUUCGCCCGAUUACCGGUCUGUACAUUUCCUCCCUUCCUACCUGCGCGUUCAUGUCGCCGACAACGAUUUUCACGUCACGCGGCGAGCAACCAUCGUAUGUUUGCUCUAACUGCGCGUAGAACGCUUCUUUCUCGUCAUCGGGUUUCCCUUCGUGUGGGCAGUGGACGUUGAUGAUGCUGUAGUUGAAGAAACGGCCCUUAACUCUCAACAUGCACAUCCUUGCGUUGAUCGGCUGCCACCCGAUCACACGUUGUCGCAUCUUGCCCAACACUAUAAAUCCUGUUCCCAGUUCAUUGGUGGUGCCACAGCUUUGGUAGAAGGUAGCCGCUCGAUGCCCGCUUUUCCACACUUUCUGUCCAGUCCAACAAAGUUCCUGCAACGCCACGAUGUCGAAGUUGCGGGGAUGUAGUUCGUCGUAGAUUAUCCUGUCACAUCCUGCGAAACCUAGUGACUUGCAAUUCCAUGUUCCAAGUUUCCAAUCGUAGUCCUUAUUUCGUCGCGUGGGUCUUUGCCGAUUGUAUCGAGUCGUAUUUUCUCCUAUGUUAUUCGCAAUGGGGAUUUUUACGGGUGGCUUAUUGGGCCUACGCCAACACUCCUGUCUCGCCGGAGGGCCAUCGUGCCAGUUCUGUUUAACGUCCCAACCAACACUGGGACGACCACGCUGAUGGGGCUACCACCUUGGAUCUAGCUGGGCGUGGUGCAGCGUUUCUUACUCAGCCGCUGGAUGCCAGAACAGACGCUGUUUGAGCCGCACCUCCUUGGUGAACAGACACUCGGAUCGUACCUCCUCAAUCUAGCUGAAGUCAGAAGGACAACAGUGCCCAGGCUGCACUACCAGCUAAGCACACAACUCUUAGCUGGCGGUCUUUGUCAUCGCUUGACCCGUGGAAGCAUGAGGUAGGAACUUGUGAGGACCAGAGCUAUAUUGGAUGCUCUCCUUAUCGACUCACCGUUUUGCAGCCCAUAUCUGAUACAUACAAUGUACCAUUUACUGGUCCAAAACUCAGCUAUUUUGGUGUACCGUCUACCCUCGUUGGUUUGACCGCAUCUAAUCUGAACACUUUUUAUUGCGGCGCUCAUAAUUAAUCCACAUUAUGCGACGGCGAUAUGGCCACUAGGAGAUGCCCGCGAUACAGAUGUAAUGUCAAAAUCGAACAGAUACUGUCACCCACCCAGCAGCAGCGCAUCAGCCUUCAGGCCGUUCACAUCAAAACAAAAGUGAGCACAAAGGCAAAUCAGGUGGCCCGAAAUCGUAAUAAUAUUUAUUGCGCCCAUGCAUUUGUUAUGCGAUAUUCUGGAUGAUAGUGAUGCUGCAGAAGGGUGUCCGGCGAUUUGGCCGAACGCCGUUUGGCCGAAUGCCGUUUGGCCGAACGCCAUUUGGCCGAAUGCCAUCUGGCCGAAUGGUCGUCUGGCCGAAUGCCGUUUGGUCGAAUUAUGUUCAAAAGAAAUCAGAAGAAGUUUUUGGCAUUCCAACUACCAAUAUGAUCAUCAGAAAUAUUUCCUUCUUUUAAUCAUAGGCUAUUCUUUCUAGUUUUGACAUUCAGUGAUGAGUUGACGUUGAACCUGUCAAAAUUUUAUCAAAGAUUUUUCCUUCUUUGAAUCAUAGGCUGUUCUUUCGAGUUAUACUUAAGCGAGGAAUAGUGACUUGGUCAUUUAAGAUAAUCUUUUAUUUUCGGUCAAACGGCAUUCGGCCAAAUGGCAUUCGGCCAAAUGACCCUUUUGGCCAAAUAGCGUUCGGCCAAACGGUAUUCGGCCAAAUGGCGUUCGGCCAAAUGACCCGGAACCAUGUGGAUUUGAUAUUAGCGCCGCAUACAGAAUUUUUGACCAACAGGUCGUUCAUAGUGGUGCGAUCAUAUUUUGGCUACUUGAUGGGAAAAAAGAAGACAAACGGGUUUCGCGAACUAAUUGUAAGAAACAAUAAUUUUACCCCCGCUAAUCUGCGCUUCGUUCAAAUUAAAAAUGGUUCAAACGUCAUUCUGCCCAUGGAACGGGGUGAAACGGAACGCAUAAUUCAAACAAAACAGCAAUAAGGUAAUUAGCAUUGUGUUUUUAGAUGCUUACAGGAUUACUAGAAGUUCAAAUUGAACCCCGUUGGUUUGCAUAAGGUGUCGUUCAAACCAACGGGGGUAGACGAUACGCAGUCUAAAGUUAUGAAAAAAAAUUGUACAUGUGACUAAAAUUUGACCGUAAUACCCUUUUCCGCACACUGUAUGGUGGUCAUUGGUAUCACAUCCAAUGAUGUAGGGUAUCGCGCCACUUGGGCGGUAGCUUCUAUAUUCGUCUGUUUUCCACUAUAUCACAGUCAAUUUUAAACCAAUUGACUUGAAAUGUUGUACACGGGUAGAUACUAUACCUAACCUAUCUCACCACAUUCCAAAAGUUGUGUCAAUAGGCUCCUAAAGGCCUAUCUCAAUUUCUGCAUAAUUCGAUCAAGAAUUGAUUAAAACAAUAUGUUUACUCAUUUUUUAAGUAUUUCUAUUAGGUAAAGUCCAUAAAAUAUAUUUUCAAAAAUUUUAAUAAUUUUUGCAACACUCCUUGUUUAGCACUCAAUUUUGGGUAAAUUUUGUUUACCGUGUAUGUCAAACAGGAACAUUUGUUGUCAAAAGUGAGCUAAUUCGGUGUCUUUUGCAACCCGCCGUUUCACUUUCGUUACGUCAAGGUUGACCUCGAAUGUUAAACAAGACCUGCUCACCAUUAUUUUAUUUUCGAGUUAACUAACUAUUCUGUUAUUGUUUAAGAUCGGAAAAAUUACCAUUGAGAUCAGAAUAGCAUGCUCUUCCAUGUUAUGCAGCAAAACUGGGAAAAUAUUUUUCAUUUUAGGACCCUAUUGGUUCAAAUUUGACUGAGUUAUAGUGGAUUUGUUGUUCUUUGCAAUAUUGAACAAAACGAUCUCAGGAGGAGAUACAUCAGCAUCAUCACCAGGGAAAUAUACUGAAGCUAUAGCAAUUUCAGUCUUCCCCCUAGUUGUUGGUACCUCCAUCAUGACCGCAACAAUGUCACGUUGUAUGAAUUCUGUUAUAGGGAAGCAUUUCUAUGUUUUACUGACUGAAACAGCAGUUCUGGAAGAAAUUUGUUGCUCAUCGUACAACAAUUUUUUUCUUUGCAGGACCAUGGCUCUUGUAGAAGCGCCAUUCUUAAUUCUUCUUUUUCGAAUCUCACUGGUUGUUAGAAGUGCGAACCGGAUUCGGCAAAAACAUAACUAGGGUUCAAGAAAUCAAUUCCAGCGUUUUUUCGGACGGAUAAUGCUCCCACAUAGCUUUUCAAAACGAAAGCGAUUAACAUUUUUAAGGCCGCACGGGACGACGUGUAUUUUUUCCUAUCUUCCCUCUCUUUCUAAAUAUUUGCCUCGUGAUUUUGAAAAAGCGAAUCAAUUUCCACUGCACUGACGUAGCUGAAACUUCAGUCGAUUGUGCACCACAAGUGGGCAAAUGGACGAUCAAAUUUCUAGUCAAUAAUAUGAAGUAGAAGUUGAGAUUUGCAUCUCACUACCAACAGAGCAAUGGCGGACGAUUCAACCACCGUCCCUUCCGGCCUUAAUUCCCUGAAGAAGAUGUAAACAUCGAAACGUCGGAUGAAGAAGAAUAUCUGAUCGUUUGAUUGCAAUUGCGA